CCCCAUUGCGGACGCCCCUCGUCGACCUCGCCGUCGAUCGAAUUCGAAGAAGAAACCAGACAGAGAUCGAUCUCCGGCGAUGGAUCGAAGGGGAGUAACAGCGAAUAUAACGGAGGCGCCUCCGGUGAGAGAAGUCAUCCGCUCCGAGGACACCGCGGCGGCAGCGGAGGCCAUCAUGUCCGCCCUAGUCUGCGGGAAGAGGUCUUCUUCCGUCUUCGAGGAGCUGCCCCACACCCCUCCUCCCAGCUCGAAGAGGAUCCGCUGCUCCGCCGCCGCCGCCCUCUCGUCCCCUCUCCAACCCUCCCUUUCCCCUUCCUCCUCCGUCAAUCACAGCGAGAACGACAGUGGGGGAGAACUUUCGUCUCCCAUUGCGCAUCUCAGAUUCCUCUUCCCGGAGAUGGACCCUCAGAUUCUUCAAAGGGCCCUUGAAGCAUGUAGCAGUAAUAUGGAUGCAGCAAUCAAGAGUUUGAAUGAACUUCAAUCAGGAGCUGCAGGGAGAAACUUCUGUUCUGCUUCAAGCAAAGCUUCAGUGAAAAUGGGCACAAAUAUUCUCUUGUCAUCAGAAGCAGCUAGGAACUCAUUUUCUGCAGAGAACCUCCCACCAGAUGGCUCUGGAUGGAUAGAGCUAUUUGUCAGAGAAAUGAUGAAUGCCUCUCACGUGGAUGAUGCAAGAUCUCGUACUUCCAGAGUGCUAGAAUUGUUGGAGAAAUCCAUCAAGGCUCGUAGAGGUGCUGAAGCAGCAUAUAGCUUUCAAGAGGAAAGUAAGAAGCUGAAGGAGCAGGUGGAAGCAUUGCUUCGUGAGAACACUAUAUUGAAGCGUGCAGUCGCAAUCCAGAAUGAGCGUCAGAAAGAUUGCGAAGCAGGGAACCAAGAAUUGGCACAGUUGAAACAGAUGGUCUCACGGUAUCAGGAACAAUUAAGGACACUCGAAUUAAACAAUUACACACUAGCAAUGCAUCUCAAACAGGCUCUGCAGAAUUCCACCAUCCGAGGAAAUUUUGACCAUGAUGUUUUCUAGGAAAGUCCGGCUGUAAUACUCUAUUUUGAGAUCUUCUGCUGCAGUUGCAAGAAGUUUUGUCUUCUCAAAUGGGUCCAACCUAGACUGUUAAUAAUUCCGAUGGGUCUACUAUGGAUGCAUAUGCACUUGUUGACAAUUUUGUACAUAGGUGGCCAAAUAGAUAUACAGUAAAUUGAUAGCUGGUCCCGCAUUGACCGGACUAUAAUUUUUAGUUUCCAUUGACUGGGAUUUUAAUGCCCGGAAAGAGCCGCUGGAACUACGCCAAACCAAGGUGAGUAUUCUGUCUUCUUCUCCUUCCUUUCCUAGUAUUUUAGCAAACUUUUGGCUUGAUUUGGGCCGCCAAAUUGCUGGAAUUUUCAUCCGAAAAAGAGGAGCCCUAUUUCAGUCUUGUUCUUCCAAGUUGUGCCGCUGGAUACUAUGGUCGACUUAUUGUAACUCAAGGAUCAACUCUUAAGAUAGUCCAAGUCGGAAUUUUCUGUAUUUGUAUGUAAACAUUUAAAGAUUGCUUCAAGGCCUUUUUAGAAUCGAUUUUCUUUGUAUGGAACUUUGGAUAAUUAAUCUUAAUGUAACUCAAGGAUCAACUCUUAAGAUAGUCCAAGUCGGAAUUUUCUGUAUUUGUAGGUAAACAUUUAAAGGUUGCUUCAAGGCCUUUUUAGAAUCGAUUUUCUU